AUGAGCGAGGCCGAGAAGCAGGUGUGUGAAGCGCUCAAGGUCUGCCACACCAGACACCUUCAGAAGGGCCGGGUGAUCCUCCACAGAGACAUCAAGCCGGCCAACGUCUUCCUCGAUGCCAACGGCGACGUUAAGCUCGGCGACUUUGGCCUGGCCAGAACGCUCAAUUCGGAGGCCAGUUUCGCGACCACUUUCGUCGGGACGCCGUACUACAUGAGCCCGGAGGUUAUAAAUGGACAAGAAUACAAUGAGAUGUCUGACAUGUGGUCGCUGGGCUGUCUGAUCUACGAACUAUGUGCGCUGCACCCUCCUUUCCAAGCAACGACACACAAGCAACUUGCUGCUAAAAUCAGAGAUGGAAGAUAUGAACGAAUUCCAAUUCAGUACAGCAAUGAUUUGCACGAAAUGAUUGGGCUCCUCUUAACCUACGAGGACUUCCUGCGCCCCCAUGCUUUUAUUGUCCUCCGCCACUCGUCCCUCAUCAAGCAUACGUCGAAAAACCACAACAAUUUUGAGGACGACCCCCUUUGCCAUUCCCUGCGGACCUCCGUCCUCCUGGGGGCAGAAAACCAAAAGAAGGCCGAGGAGAACAUCAACAAGGAUGGAAGUACCGACGACAGGAAGAAUGUAGUCGAGUCGUGCACAGGGAGGAACGAGGAAAGGGGGAGGAGCACGGACAGAAGCAGCGCCGACGGAGCCAGCGCCUCAAAAGGCUGUAGCAGUCAGAGCAGUGUGAGGGCUCGAGACAGGACGAGGGAGAGGAGCGGCCAAGGCGCCUCCAGUGAUAGGUAUGCCGCCUCACCCAUGGCGGAAACCUUUAACGUAGCGAGAGUGGACGCCGAUGGCGACUGUGAUAGUAGAAUUAACUCGGGCAUCCGGGCCUCUCAGGAGAAACAGCUAGUCAGUAAUGUAAGUGAAAGCCAGACGAGCGCGUCAAGCAGUUCGCAAAAGCAUCAAAUCAAGAAUAGUUACCAAGGAAGCCAGCACAGAGAUCAAGGGCUUUGUGACAGUCUCGAGAGGAUAUGCCAGGCAGCAAAAGAAGCUGCCAGCAGACCUCUUCAAGGGGAUGACAGCACUUGCGAUCUUAUGGCGAAGCUGGAGUGUGCCUGCGGAGGCAUGUCGCCGCAGACGUGGCGAGAACGAGUUCAGGCGCUGCGGGAGUCCGAGGCGGCCGUGCGGGAACGCGAGGUUUCGGUCAAGGAGAGGGAACGCGAAGUGAGCCACCGCGAGCACCGCGUCGCUGCCAUGGAGAGGGAGGCCCGCCAGCACCUGGUUCGCGCACAGAUCUACCUCCGGCAGGCGAGGCCGCGGCAGAACGCCGCCACCUCGCCCCAUCGGCCGCCGUCCGACCUGGACACGACCAUGAGCGCCGACCCGGGCGAGGUCCCCACCGCCACCACCACCAAGCUCGACCCCCAGCGCACCGAGAACCCCUUCCUCAAGAUGCGCGGAGUGCAGCCACACCCGGAGAAGCGCGUCACCUUCAAGGAGAAGUCUCCCAGGGUCAAGAGCAACACACUGGACAACCCCAGGAGUCGGCGCAAGAGGGGAAACAUAUUCAGCCUGGCCGAUCGGGCUGGCUCGUCCGACAAGACGAGCGAGGUGACGGCCGCUGCUCGUCAGCCGUUGAAGGUCGUGGCUGCAGCGGAAAAGAAUGCAGACUCGCACCAGGAAAGCCACAUGAUAAGUCCCACGGAGAGACAGGCACAGACUUCUCAGCCCGCAGCGCAGCCAACUGCCAAAGGUGUAGGUGCAUUUUCCUUGCUUAACAAAGGUCCACACGGGCUGCGGGAGCGUCCGCGAAGCACCGAAAAUCUCAGCAGAAAACCCGCAGAGACAACGGGAGACAAGGAGAAUAAAGUAGCGUCUGGGGCUAAGCCGAAGAAGGUCCCCGAGAUGAAGCAGGGGCUGUGGAACUGGAGGGCGAAGAGUAAGGGCGUAACGCAGCCGGGCCGCCGCGAGCAGAACGCUGGCCAGAAUCGGGUGCUGCAGUUCUACAAUGUAGUGUGA